GUAAUGGAGGACAGAUGACUCCCGUAAACAUCAGAAGUCAUGUGAAAGAUCCGUCUGAUUAUGCGAAUAGUGAGAAGGAGGUGCCCCCGAAGAAGUACAAUGUGAAGAGGACGCUUCUUCUGAUUCUUUUUCCUUUUACGUUUCUGUUUAGUUCCCUGAGGUUUCUCAUCUGCGAGCUGUUCGCGUUCGUCCGCGGCGUCUGCACAUCUGUUCGACAAUCCGUGAGUUUCUCCUCCGGUGUCGAAGUCGCUCAAGAAUGCCAGGCGAUUAAGGAGAAGGAGAUGAGCGCAAACAACCCCUUCGCCGUCCAGAGGUACCACCACAGGCGGGCCUUCGACUUCAUCUCCAAAGCGCUCAAGAUUGACGAAGACAAUGAAGAAUCCGUUGAAAACUCCUCCAGAGAACAAUAUAACCAAAGUAGAAAUAUCGUUGAUAUUUUGUUUCAAACUGUGGAAAGUAAUGGAGGACAGAUGACUCCCGUAAACAUCAGAAGUCAUGUGAAAGAUCCGUCUGAUUAUGCGAAUAGUGAGAAGGAGGUGCCCCCGAAGAAGUACAAUGUGAAGAGGACGCUUCUUCUGAUUCUUUUUCCUUUUACGUUUCUGUUUAGUUCCCUGAGGUUUCUCAUCUGCGAGCUGUUCGCGUUCGUCCGCGGCGUCUGCACAUCUGUUCGACAAUCCGUGAGUUUCUCCUCCGGUGUCGAAGUCGCUCAAGAAUGCCAGGCGAUUAAGGAGAAGGAGAUGAGCGCAAACAACCCCUUCGCUGUCCAGAGGUACCACCACAGGCGGGCCUUCGACUUCAUCUCCAAAGCGCUCAAGAUUGACGAAGACAAUGAAGGUCCCAAGGACUUGGCUGUCCAGUUUUACCGCCUGGGCAUUGAAGAGCUCGGGAAAGGGAUCGCUGUCAACUGCAACAGGGGAUCAGGUCCCACCUGGGAAAGGUCCAGGCGUCUCAAGGACAAGAUGAAGACCAACCUGGACAUGGCCAGGGACCGCCUAGACUAUCUGGUUUUAGGGGGUAUCAGUUUUUUGGAUGGUACGUCAUUUUUCUUGGGUGGUGGGAGCCUCUUCAAUGACAAAAAGAUGUGCGAUCAAGCAUUCUUUAGUUCCGCAAGGAAGACUCCGCCCUGGCCUACGAGCGGGCGGAGGAAUCGAGCUCUUCCGUGGAAGGGGGCGGAGCCCAGAGGAGGCGGACCUGGCAGAGGGCCCGCCCCCCUCAGGCUGGACGGCCUACCGGAGACACUCCCUCCCGACCCCGGCCCCGCCUCCCCCUCCGAAGGCAGAAAGGUGUUGGUGCGCAAGGGGCCCCCCAAGACGGUCCCCAGGGCCCUUCCGUCCUCUCCCGUCCGCCGGUAUGUGCCCCCGGUGCCCAACAAGAACCAGGGCCCUUCCAGGAGGAUGGGCCCCCUGCAACCGGCCCGCAAGGAUGUGCGCAGUAAGGAGAACCGCCUGUUGCGGCUGAGCUGCCUGAAGGGCAUCGACCCCAAACUGGCGCAGGUCAUCUCGGACGAAAUUGUCAGCUGUGGACCGGGGGUCGGCUUCGACGACAUCGCCGGUCAGAGUGUGGCCAAGCAAGCGCUGAGAGAGAUGGUCAUCCUGCCCACUGUGCGACCAGAGCUCUUCACCGGUCUGCGUUCUCCCCCCAGAGGUCUGCUGCUCUUCGGACCCCCUGGCAAUGGAAAGACCAUGCUUGCCAAGGCUGUUGCCUGCGAAUCCAACUCCACCUUCCUGAAUCAUCAGUGCUCUUCCCUCACUUCCAAAUACGUGGGGGAGGGGGAGAAGCUGGUCCGUGCCUUGUUUGCCGUUGCCAGGGAGCUGCAUCCCUCCAUCAUUUUCAUCGACGAGGUGGACUCCCUGCUGAACGAGCGAAAAGAGAACGAGCACGAAGCUUCCAGGCGACUGAAGACAGAGUUCCUCGUCGAAUUCGAUGGGUUGCGGUCUUCGGGCAGCGAGAGGGUCCUGGUGAUGGGGGCCACUAACAGGCCCCAGGAGUUGGAUGAUGCAGCGCUCAGGAGGUUCAGCAAGAGGGUGUACGUGAGCCUCCCCGACAGAGAGACCAGGGUCCGACUCCUGGAGAAGCUCCUGGCCAAGCAGGACAACUCCCUCUCCAAGAACGACAUCAAGCAGCUGGCCAAGUGGACGGAGGGCUACUCUGGCAGUGACUUGACAGCCCUGGCCAAGGACGCGGCCCUCGGACCCAUCAGAGAGUUGAAGCCAGAGGAGGUGAAGUCGGUGAACCCACAAGAGAUGCGCCGUGUUUCCGCGGAAGACUUCGCCGAAUCCCUGAAACGCAUCCGGAAGAGCGUCGCCGCAAACUCCCUGGCCGCCUACGUCCAAUGGGAACGCGAGUACGGAGACCUCACCAUCUGA